AUGAGGUUCCUUGCAGAGGUUUUUGAUCUUUCUGAUCUAGCUGUCACCGCGAACUUAAAUAGGGAUGCUCUUCUAGUACACUUUAAUUCUCUUAGUCAAGAAUUUUUGUUGGAUGAGCGCAAGGAGAAUGAUAUUGAAGAUGAUGCCGAGGAUUAUAAGCAAAAAUAUGAACAUAUUAAACUUGAGUUCAGGAAGCUAUUCGCAGUUGUAGGAUCUUCCAGGUCUCGUGCUCGGCGUCUUCGAGGUGUUAUUAGGCAGUUGAAUAAUGAAAAGACUGUUUUGAUUGACGAGAAGAAGGAGGUCAUUGAAGAUGAGGUGAGGGAUCUUCAAGAUUCUCAAACGGAGAGCCAUGAGCUUCGUAUGAUUCUUGAGAAUAUUCGAAAUCGUCUUAGAAUUGAGGGCAAUAAUGACUUUGAUAAGGCCCUAGGUGAGAUCGAGGAGAACAGGGUCGCGGUUACUAAGCAUGUUAGUUGGAUAGAGAAACAUCAUAAGACACUAGAUUCCGUGAUUAUGUAUAAAGAAGGUGUUCCUCUGGCAGCUGAUCUAUCGGGGAAGCUUUCUUUUGCGAAUUAUGAGCUUCAUCGCGUAAGGACAGAGGCUGAGCAGUACAAAGAAGCCAUGGAGGCUAUGUAUACUUUUUUGAAGCGUCGCAAGAGAGCCCAACUUAUCAAUGUUGAUCGCCAGGCGCAGAGGCUAUGUAAUAAGGUCGUUAGGGAUACUGCUAAUCGUGUUACUACUAAGAAUAAUCUCCCUACUAGAAAAUUUCCUGAUGUUCCCGUGCCUGAGGAUGAGUUUGUGGGACCAGGGUCUAAUGAUGAAGAAGAGGUUAUCGAGGACGAGCAGUCUGGUGUUGAUGAAGAAGACGCUGAUGAAGAGGGUACUGAUGAAGAAGAUGUUGAUCUUGAGGCUGAAUUCGCUGAGGAUGCCAGACAAGAUGGAGUUAACAAAGAUGAUAAAGCCGCUGGUCGACAAGGAUCUAUUUCAUCUUCUCAGAAUGAUGCUCUAGAUGUUUCGCACUCUGGAGCAGGAGGUUCUUCUCUAUCAGCUUCUCCUCCUCAUGAUUGGGCUGCAUUCUAG